CUGAAAUCGCCAAUUGCCCGAUUAGGAGUUACGAUGCCGCCAGCGGAGCAGGGAUACGCCUUGAUUACGGGAUGCACUCCUGGUGGCAUUGGGCAUUUCCUUUCGCUUGAAUUUGCAGAUAACGGUUUCACUGUCCUCUCCACCGUUCGCGAUCCCUCCAAAUACCCCUCCCCCCACCCAAAUAUAACCUACCUCCCCCUUGAACUCUCAAGCAAUGAAAGCCUCACUUCCCUGUGCGAACGCGUCUCGGAGCUUACAAAUGGCCGUCUACACAUCCUCUGCAACAAUGCAGGCCGGAACUACACAGUCCCCGCCCUCGACUUCUCCGACGACGAACUCCUCGCUACCUUCGAUACAAACUUAUUCUCUAUCAUGCGGCUCUGCAAAGCCUUCGUGCCACUCCUAAUCGCCGGACACGGAACCAUCGUGCAAAUAGGUAGUCUGGCGGCCGUUAUGCCGUAUGUAUGGGGCGCUCCGUACAAUGCAAGCAAAGCGGCGUUGCACGCGUAUUCCGACACUCUGCGUCUGGAAUUGGCGCCGUUGGGAGUCCGAGUCGUGACGGUUGUGACGGGCGGUGUGAAGAGCAAUAUCGCGCGCACGCUUCGCGAACUUCCGCGGGAUAGCUACAUGCAGCCACUAGCAGCCGAAUAUGAGCGUAGGUUGACACACAGCCAGCAAUUGGGCAUGGACACGAAACAGUAUGCGCGGAGUGUCGUUAGGCAGGUGUUGAGGGGGGGUGGGUGGUUUAGUAGGAGCCCCUGGAUUUGGGAGGGGAAUAUGAGUUGGAUUGUUUGGUUUGCGUGGGCGUGGAUGCCGAGGGUGGUGUUUGAUUGGUAUUUCAACUGGAAUUUCAAGCUGUGGAAGUUGAGAGGGACGGGGGGUAAGAAGGGCUCGUGAACAUGGCUUGGAGACUGCUAGUUGGAGGUAAUACUGUCGGGAGUUCUUCUUCUUGGACAUCAAGGAAUUGGAG